CAAGCCGCGGUCCACCAACAAUAUCGAACGGAGACAAGAGGGUAUCGACCGUCAUGGGGUUUGACGGGAAACUGGCAGAGGAAUCUCUCGCUUUGGUGCUGCAUUAAUAUUUGUGGAGGAAGCCGUUUGAAUUUAGGGGGAAACGUUUUAAAUAUCGUCUGUCUCCGAUGUAACGGGAGGUUUUUUUUCCCCCUCUCACGGAAAUCAGAAGACGAAUGAUGGCCAAGCUGUAAGAGUUUGAUCCCACUUAAAGAUGUGAGUGGGAGGAUACAAGAUGGAGCUAAAAUGUAAGAGUUCCAGAGUAGGACAUGGCGAUUGACAUUGGUUGGAAGAUGAUGCCAGACCCGUUGAGCUUUCCAGCAACUUUAUUUUUGUUCCAGAAUGUUUUGUUGUUGUGGUCAGUUCGAUGUUCUACAGAGCAAGGAUGAAUGAAGGAGAGUGCUAAUGUUUUAAUCAGCCACAAUAAUGUUUAUACUAUUGGGCCUGUUGUGUUUUCAUCAAAUUCUCAACACUGUUAUUGCUGUAUUGCCUCCACCUCUCAAUCUGUCAUAUGAAUCAGAAAACUACCAUCAUGUCUUGAUGUGGGAAUCAGGGAUAAACCAGUCAUUCCCUACACGCUACACGGUGGAAUACAUUGCUUUAAGCAAAGUUGGUGCAGAAGAUGAUUCACUGACCACAAACCAAAAAGAUCAUCGAGGUAAUCCGUGGCUUGUUGUAGAAAACUGUUCACUGAUCACAAGCCGAACAUGUGAUCUAACCAAUGUCUUCACUGAUGUAUACGAUUCUUACUUUACUCAAGUUAAAGCAGUCACAGAAAUGGAUGAAUCUGAUUGGUCUUUUUCAGUGGAGUUCCAACCAUUUCGAGACACAAAGAUAAGACCAGUUAAUUUUCAAAUCAUGGAGAGCCCUGUUGGAGUCCUCAAAAUUAAUUUUGAUUCUCCUGCGACCCCAGCCUGUAUUUAUAGAUUAGGAUUAAAAUUUGUCAUUGAUCUCCAUGCAACAUUGGGGUAUCACAUUUCAGUAUAUAAAAAUGGAGAGCUGGAAAAGAAUAGAGAAGUGUUAGGUAGUACAAGGGAAAUUAGUGUUAAAGAAGAGGUUGACAACUUGCAACCUAACACACAAUACUGUGUCUCAAUAAAAAUGUUUUCUUCUGAAGAAGAUCAUUCUGACCCCGUGGAAUCAAAAUGUGUACGCUCGCAACCCUUAAGGAAAAGUAAAGUACAUCACAUUCUAAUAGCUCUUUUGAUCAUCUUGGUGUUUGGCUUCGCCAUUAUCUUCUUUGUGCUAUACAGCGGAGGUUUUCUUGGUUUUUUCAGUAAAUAUGGUCCACAAGCUCUGAAUAAUUUGAAACACAUCCGUCCUGUCUACACUUGUAAUAAUGUGCAAGAAAAGCUCAGCACUUUGGAACAAGGUUGUUUUAAUGUAAAGAAAAUUGACAAUAUUGAAGAAGACAGUGAAGAAGAGCUAAUGAAUAGUAGUGAAGAAGCUGGCUAUGAAAGUAAUGCACUGAAUAUACCUGUACACAGCACUCAGAGUUGUAGUGCAUCUUCUAAAGCAGAAACAGAUGAUAUCGACACGAAAUUUUGUGAUGAUCAAUGGUGUGAUUCAAUGCCUGAACAUAUUUUCACUAAUUUCAAUGAGUGUCAAGUUACUGCACCAGCUACAAUGCAAACUGAAUGCCCAGAUGCGGAGUCCACGACGCAGAUCACCCACAGCAGAAGGAACAGUUCAACGUCUGCAACAAGUAACAUUUCUGAUGUCCCAUUGUGGUCUAUCCAAAUUCAAGAUCCAGACUUUUGCUUUGAAAACUGCUCAAAAGAAAAUUUGUAUGAUCAGAAGGCAGAUGAAUCUGAUAUUAUGGAACAUGAUUUGAAUGACUUGCUGUCUAAGGUUUCUGAAAAUAUGGUAAUUUGUGAAUAUGAAAAGCCCAAUGUCUCUUUUAUACCAAGUAGUUCAUCACUUCUCCAGGCUUUGAGUGCUGAUAUGAGAUGUUGAUAUAUAUUUUUGCAUGAGAUGUGAUAAUUACUGCAAAAUUGUUCAGAAUAUCCUCAGCUUGGAAUGGCAAAAACAUUGUUGCUUGGUGUCAGUGUCUUCAGCUGAACACUUUUCAAGUGAUGGAACUUCCCUUUUGGAUCUUCAUAUAACUGCCCAGAGCACUGAAAGCUGCUGUGAGGACUUCUAAUAUUUAAUCCAGCUUAGCCAAACAAAUAAAUGUUGAGUAUUGAUUGUUUCAUGCAACUCCAUUGAACGUUUGAUUUAUUAUUUCAAUUUCAGCUUGGUACUGGCAUAUUUUAUCCAGCUGUAUGUUUUUAGUUGAUCUGCUAAAGCUUGGGAUCAGAAGGAAGAGAUUAUAAGUAACUUACACCUGGAAAGAAAAGUGUUCUUUAGAUAAGUAAUAAGCUGCUGCAAAGUAGUGAAAAGUAUUGAUGAGAUGGACAUGAGAAGACUAUUUGUUAUGAUUGAAUAAUGAGUACCCUUGCACAUGAAAAUGAUAUGCAUUGCAACAUAGUCCGGCGAUGGAAUAGGACCUGGCUAUCACAAAUUUGUAUUCCUUUUACCAAUUGUCAUCCUAAAAUAUGAUGAAAAACAAAAUAAAGGUUAUCUGAAGCUGAGGAAAUGAAAUGAGAAUUCCCUAAAACCAAAAUAAUUAAAUGAUCUGAAGUGACACUUUUAUAUUUGCAUUUUCAUGCAUUGUAAUUGAGUUGAAUGGUCUUUCGCAUCCCUGGAUUUUCCUGUCUCUGUACAUUCUGUAUUUAUUUACGGCAAUCGAGAAUAUAUUAAAUACAUUUUUAGUCAUUUUUAAAA